CAUUGUUUUCAUUCCGAUAGAGGCGCUAGUCAGUAAAACCGCAGAGCGAUGUAAUCUGGCAACAUCAACUUAAUCUUCUGCUUUUUGGAAACACUGCGACAAGAAAAACGUAUUUUCUAUGAAUAUGGAGUUUUCGAAUAUGCAACUUGUGUUUAUGAUCGUUUAUCUGACCCAGGUUUUUGAAGUAUCUGCGACCGCACUACAGUUUUGUGAAUCAGACUUAUCGUGUCAACAAGAACUGAACUAUUGUUGCAAGAAUCCAUAUCCUCAUUGUUGUGAAUAUGACAGAUUUGUUCAUGAUUCAAAUAUUAAUGAUGACAACAAUGAAGCCUUUUUAAAAUCAGGAUUGAAAUCCGCUCUUGUUCUUUUAAUCAUGUCUUCUGCAAUAUUUCUUUUAUGCUUUUGUGUGAUGAGAUGCUGCAGAAGGGCCACACCAUCACACAUGCGCAGAGGUACACUUGCUGAUUUCAAUACAGAGCAUGGUUUGGUGCCUAUAACAAGGCAAUUAAGCUCUCGAACUCUCAGAAUAAUAGGCAUCUCUGUAUCUCAUCCACCUGAAGAAACUUGUGAUGAUCCACCCAGCUAUAACGAGAUUGCUCAGUCCGCAGUGCCAGGUGAAGAAACCGAAAAACCACCGGAAUAUUCUUCAAUUUUUAAAGAUAGUGAUACAUGAAAUCAGGUUGCUCAUUCUAAAAUUGUGCUUUAAACUUUUAGAUGAUCUACGUAGAGAAAUCGUUGUGAUUGAAACUAAUCCUUUUAUUUCAUAUAUUGUUUAAAUCUUUGCACUUAUCUUUGAAUAGUUCAUAACUGCUGGGCAGUGAUCGAUGAUGGUAUUUGAAUAGAUGGGACUUGCUGUAACAUAUCUUCAAUUGUUUUAGUAUGUGGAUGAUAGAUAUAUCAUCCAGUGCUUAUCAUAAUAGUUUGAUAUACAAGGAAAUUAAGUGGCUGCAGCUCCCGUCACCA